AUGACAGAUUAUACCAAUUCUAAUGAAACUCAUUGUGUUAAAAAUUGUUUCAGCUGUCCUGAAUGUGAAUCAAUGUUAUCAAUCAGGGUCAAGGAUGAUAUGGUUGAAGAUAGAAAGGGGAAGAAAUUCUGUUUUACUUGUACAUUUUGUGAUUAUUCAUAUAACUCCGAAGUCAUACUUAAACCUAAAUCUGUUUGGAAUAUAGUGAAAGAUGAGCAUACUAAACUGGUUAAGGAUGUGAUAUCGUUCAAUAAGGCAAAAAGUUAUUAUACGAACCUACUUAACCUUGAAACAUUAACAGACCAGACAGUGAGAGACUUGAAAUUGGGGAAAGAGGUCUCUAGUCCCAAAAGUUUGGAACAUUUGAAAACAUAUAAUUUGAACAUAGACAAUGCUGACGACACAGAUAAGCUAAAAUACCUCAUAGAUCAUAUGGAGUUUGAAAAAGAUGAAUAUCAGAACGAGCCUCAUCAGAAUAGUGGUGUUAGUAUACUUCAAAAUCCAUUUCCUGUUCCCAGAAAGCUUAUUACUCGAGAAACCAUGAAAUGUUGUGAUUGUAGUCAGGUACUACAAUUACCCAAUGAAGAGAUGAUUUCUACCAAAUUCAUCUGUAAAUUUACCGCAUCUGAUUAUAUUCCUACCAUAAACAUCUCACCCAUGAUAAAUCAUUCCUGGCCAACUUGGCAGAAGGGAAACUUUACUUUAUUAGUGAACAUUAUAAACCCUUUAAGAUCAUCGGUUACAGUUACGCUUUCGUCACCUUCUAGUGUUACCACAGGCAACGGUACCAUUAACACUACAAUUCCCGUUUCAGAGAUCACAAUAGGGCCAUAUAAUGAUAAGGACCAUCCUAUAAGGUCUAUUCCAACACCAUUCUUAACGAAGAGUACGAAACUCUCACGAGCUGAAAUCGUCAUGAGGACAGGAAGAAUUGGGGCUCAAUCAACUAAUCAGAUUGAAAGCUUGAUAGAGAAAAGCGAUAAUUGGGGUUGCUUACCAAUUGAAUUGACUUUGGAAGAUACUUGUGAUAUCAGAAUACCCAUCCACGUAUCAGUGAAGACUAAAUUACCUGAUGCCAUAAAAUCAUUGAAACUUUCAAGACCAGAAUUAUUAUUUGGAUUUUGGACUGUAAUAGAAUUGCCCUGUAAUAGAGAUUAA